AUGCCCGUCACAACGUUUGAUUUCAAGGAGAAGUACCGCUACCAGGUCGGCUUCGACUCACAUCUAGAAUCCGAAGCCGUCCCCGACUCCCUUCCCAUCGGCCAAAACGCCCCACAAAAGGCCCCCCACGGCCUCUACGCCGAAAAGCUCUCCGGAACCUCCUUCACGGCACCACGCCACGACAGCAAACAAGCCUGGCUCUACCGCAUCCUCCCCUCCUGCGCCCACCACCCGUACGCCCCGACAACAGCUCCGUCUCCAGAGACCCGUGCCCUGCCCUCCGCGCUCCAAUACAUCCCCAAUCAGCUCCGUUGGGACCCCUUUGACCAUGAUGAGUCCAAGGAAUGGGACUUUGUCGCCGGCAUGCGCCUCGUCGCCGGCGCGGGCGACCCGACUCUGAAGCAAGGCAUCGGCAUGUACGUCUACGCCGCGGGCCGCAGCAUGGACUCCAAGGCGGCAUUCUACUCGGCCGACGGCGACCUCCUCAUCGUCCCGCAAGAGGGUACUCUCGACAUCCGCACAGAACACGGCUGGCUCCUCGUCCGGCCCCUCGAGAUCGCCGUCAUCCCCCGCGGCGUGAAAUACCAGGUCCACCUCCCCUCCGGCCCGGCCCGCGGCUACGCCCUCGAGCUCUACCAGGGCCACUUCACCCUCCCCGAGCUGGGGCCCAUCGGCACAAACGGCCUCGCCAACGCGCGCGACUUCCAGGUGCCCGUCGCCUGCUUCGACGAGGACUUUGGCGCGACGGCGCACGAGGGGGAUAAUAACUACACCAUCACGGUCAAGUUCAACAACGACUACUUUUCCGCCACGCAGCCUCACACGCCCUUUGACGUGGUCGCCUGGCACGGCAACUACUACCCGUACAAAUACGACCUGGGCCGUUUCAACACCAUCGGCACAAUCUCCUACGACCACCCGGACCCCUCUAUCUUCACCGUUCUCUCGGCCCCGAGCGGCGUCCCCGGCACCGCCAUUGCCGAUUUCGUAAUCUUCCCCCCGCGCUGGCUCGUCGCCGAAGAUACCUUCCGUCCCCCCUACUACCACCGCAACACAAUGUCCGAGUUCAUGGGUCUCAUCACGGGCGGCUACGACGCCAAGCGCGGCGGCAAGGGUGGGUUCGUCCCUGGAGGCGCAAGUCUGCAUAAUACCAUGUCUGGCCACGGCCCGGACGCCGAGAGUGGAGAGGGUGCGAGGAACGCUGAGUUGAAGCCUGCUAAAGUGGGCGAGGGCAGCUGCGCCUUCAUGUUCGAGAGCUGUGCCAUGGUGGGUGUUACGGAGUGGGGUUUGAGGACGUGCAAGAAGGUGCAGCAGCAGUAUGCUGAGGAGAGUUGGGGCGGGGUGCCGGUGCAUUGGAAGAAGCCUGAGGGUGUUGUUGCUGGUGGCCACUUGUUGAAGUAG